GUUAAAUAUACUAACCGAAAAAGUGAAAGCUAAACCCUAGUCUACUCUACUGAACGGGCGUUUGAAAUUGAAACCUGAAUCAGAAAUUUGAAACAAAAUCGAUGGCAGAGACGAAAGAAGGAUCAGGUUCGGAGUUGUCUCUGAAGGAUCAGGGCAACGAGUUUUUCAAGUCAGGCAAAUAUCUGAAAGCUGCAGCACUCUACACUCAAGCCAUCAAGAAAGACCCUUCAAACCCCACACUUUACAGUAAUCGUGCUGCAGCAUUGCUUCAGUUGGAUAAGCUUAAUAAAGCUCUUGAUGAUGCUGAAAUGACAAUCAAAUUAAAACCCCAAUGGGAAAAGGGAUAUUUCAGGAAGGGAAGCAUAUUGGAGGCCAUGAAACGAUAUGAUGAUGCAUUAGCUGCCUUUCAGAUAGCUUUGCAGUAUAACCCACAAAGUCAAGAAGUGUCAAAAAAGAUAAAGACGAUAAACCAACUAGUCAGAGAUAGCAAGCGAGCUCAAGAAUUGGAGAAUAUGAGAUCUAAUGUUGACAUGGCCAAACAUUUAGAUUCAUUGAAACCCGAAAUGUCUGGAAAGUAUGGAUCUGAAGAAUGCUGGAAAGACAUAUUCGUAUUCCUUGUCGAGACUAUGGAGACUGCUGUAAAAUCAUGGCAUGAAACUUCUUCAGUGGAUGCUAGAGUUUACUUUCUUCUUGAUAAGGAGAAAACACCGACUGAUAAAUAUGCCCCGGUUGUGAAUAUUGAUAAGGCCUUUGAAUCACCACAUACACACAGCAGCUGCUUUUCAUUUCUAAGGCAGUAUGCUGAGGAAUCUUUCUCCAAAGCAGCCUGCUUAGUGACACCCAAAUCCAGCAUUGCUUAUCCCCAGGUCUGGAAAGGCCAAGGAUCAAGGAAGUGGAAACAUGCACAAAGUGAUGGUUUCUUUGUUCAAUUUGAGUCACCUUCCCUGCGUAAGCUGUGGUUUAUUCCCAGUUCAAAUGAAAAGGGACAGAUUUUGUGCAGGGACCCAGAGGUUUUGGACAUUGGUGCACAUGAAGUUGUUCCUCGCUUAUUCAAAUAAAAGUUGCACCGUUCUUAGUGUACUGUACCUGUAUUUGGUGUGUAAUUCACUGAUAAAAAUUACAGGCUCACAGGAAGGUCCAACGAAUGCGCACAGAAAUUAGGGCAUACAAUUUUGGUGUCUCCUUGGAAUCUGUAUCAAAUGCUGUUAACAUGUGCUUCAUAUUUUUGUUAGAUCCUUUCUUUUGUGUUUUUUGUUUAAUUAUCCAAGCCUUCAAUGUGUUGAAGUUUGGGCAAUUAUAUUUAUUGCAUAGUUGCUCUUCAUCUGUUCUGUUGACUUGGAGAUUUUGAUGGCUUGACCCUUUUAGUUUCUUUAUUCCAGAGAUGACACUUCUAUUUUGCCAAAGCAAGCUGGGAAGUAGUUAGUAACUGUUGUAUCUGUAUUUGUGGUGGAGAGAUGCAAAUUAAGUUUGGCGCUUAAUGCUUUA